UCUGCAGUUGAGCGAGAUGAAAGGGAUAAAGCAGAACCCGCUGGCACUAGGCAGCUUCCAGCACACACACUCCACAACACAGCUUGGGAACCUAAAAGGCUACGGAUCCAGCCACUCAGCCCAAGCUUGGGAGAACCACCGGUAUUGCCUCCUUGAAAGAAAAAAAAAAAAGAAAAAAGAAAGAAAGAAAGAAAGGAAAACAACGCGAUCCGUGUUAAACAAAAGAAUUUGUGGACUAGGAGGCGGGAGGAUGGCUACCUGCUGAAAGCGAACUUUCUUGAUAUCCAUGCUUAUAUAUAAACCUAGCCCUGCCUUUGAUCCUCUGCGACCGAUCACCGAUCAGAUUACUGGCAUUUCAUCUCCCUGCUCCUCUGCCUUUGAUCUGCAUGCUUAAUUUCAUUUUCCUGGAUUUGAAGUUUCGUCUGGGCUUGUGCUGACAUACAAUUUUGGGAAGGUACAAGCAUUUGGCACAGCAGAGCUGCCAAGGAGAAACUAAGUUGCCGAAAGGGAAUCUUCAACAACAAAUACAUUUAAUAAGAGCAAUGGCUUUAAAAGUGCAAUUAGAACAAGAGAAAACAUUUUUCACCGUUGUAGUUUUACUAGCCUAUUUGGCAUGUGAAGUGCUUUGUGAAACCGGGGACUGUAGACAGCAAGAAUUCAGGGAUCGGUCUGGAAAUUGCGUCCUCUGCAAGCAAUGUGGGCCAGGCAUGGAGUUGUCCAAGGAAUGUGGCUUUGGCUACGGGGAGGACGCCCAGUGCGUGCCGUGCAGGCCGCAUCGGUUCAAGGAGGACUGGGGCUUUCAGAAAUGCAAGCCGUGCCUGGACUGCGCCGUGGCGAACCGCUUCCAGAAGGCGAACUGCUCUGCCACCAGCGAUGCCACGUGUGGGGACUGCUUGCCAGGAUUUUACAGGAAGACAAAACUUGUUGGUUUUCAAGACAUGGAGUGUGUCCCUUGUGGAGACCCGCCCCCUCCUUACGAGCCACACUGUACCAGCAAGGUCAACCUCGUGAAGAUCCCGUCCACGGCCUCCAGCCCGCGGGACACGGCCCUGGCCGCCGUCAUCUGCAGCGCCCUGGCCACCGUCCUGCUGGCCCUGCUCAUUCUCUGCGUCAUCUAUUGUAAGAGGCAGUUCGUGGAGAAGAAACCCAGCUGGUCUCUGAGAGCACAGGCCAUUCAGUACAGCGGUUCUGAACUGUCGUGUUUUGACAGACCUCAGCUCGGCGACUCCGCUCCCAGAGCGUGUUGUCAGUGCCACCGAGACUCGGCCCAGACCUGCGGGCCUGUUCACUUGAUCCCGUCCUUGUGCUGUGAUGACGCCUGUAGCCUUGACCGCGCGGCUCCUGGUUGUCGGGUGCAGUCCAAGGCCACGCUCCAGGAGAGAAAUGCAGGUCCAAUGGGGGACACGAUGCCGGCCCUCUUCCGGUCCCUUUCUCCGUCCACCUGCGGCGAGUUUUCAGAUGCCUGGCCUCUGAUGCAAAAUCCCAUCUGCGGUGACAGCAUCUCUUUUUGUGACUCUUACCCGGAACUCACGGGAGAAGACAUUCGUUCUCUCAGUCCGGAAGACGAAAGCUCAUCGUCCUUGGGUUCAAACCGUGGUCAGGGUUCGGUUGGUGGCGCUUUUUCAAUUCAGGCUCCGUCCGAAAACUUUACAGAAACUGCAGAUUUAUCUAGACGCAGGAGCUCGCUGACAGAACCGGUGCUGACUCAGGAUACACGAGCCGUUAGCAGCCGGCAGGAUCAGACGAGUGGCGAUGUCAUCAACCUAACCGCUCAGAUGUGCCCCCAGGAGGUUUAAUGGAGUCUAUCCUUGCUGGAACAGAAGUGCGCAUACAGAACCCAAAGGCACGCGCUGCCCUGCGUAUGCUGGACUGAGCAAGGUCUGGACCCGGCAUGGCGUCUGGGGGAAAAAAGUACAUCUGAACCGACCCGAUGGCAUUUUACGCCUGUCAGCCAGUUGCUUCUGAGCCAGACCGGCUGUAAGCCGAAACCUCAAGGAAUAACAAGAAAAGACUGCAGGCUCUCCCGACGCUUUUGCAUCUUCCCUAGGCAAGAAGCUUCCAUGCCACAAGCCUGACUUCAAAGACGGAUGCGUCGACUUUGCAGCCUACGGGAUUACGGGCCGAAACAAGAACCAGAAAUACGGUCAUGCUCAUUUUCAUGGUGAACGUGGUUUUACAAGACCGAAGACCCAGAGUCUAAAUUUUCAUCUGCAUUUUCCUUCCGAAAAUGCUUUCACGUAGCCGACUAUCCUACUGAAAGUCAAUGUCAGAUUAGUUCCCUUAGUUUUUACGUAGAAUGGGUUUGAACGUGAGUGUUUCUCUUUGAUGAAGGUCACUUUUUCAUCAUCUAAACUAAUUAGCUUAGAAGGUCAGAACCGACUUCACACUGCCUGCCUCAAUCUUGGGUUCAUUAGGCGAGGUCAGUUGGCCUAACCAGGAAUCAGAGCGAUAGUGUUGGAGCUAGAACGAGAGGAUGGAGUUAGGAAAAGAGGAGGGAGAGGGGCCGUCCGUCACUCUGCAUCCGAAACCACUUACCACACGUAUCCUAGAGACUUGCAUGCAACGAUGAGCGUCUUUCUGUGAAAAUCAGUGGAUAUGGAAGCGUUUAUUACUCGGUCCCUGUGGCCGGGCUUAGAAGAUCCAGAAUUUCUCUUGUAUAGAAAAGUAUUUAGGAAAAGAAUCUUCUGUUCUUCCCCACCCCACCCCCGUCCGGAAACCACCAAUCCGUUCUCUAUAUCUGUGAGCUUGGUUUGGGGGUUUUGUGUUUGUUUUUGAUUUUGCAUCAUAUCUUAUCAUAAGGUCUUUAGAAAGUACAACCUGUCAGGAUCCCCCGCUACUGAAAUGCAUCAUCCGGUGAGCAGUCUUAUGAGACCACACUACGUAUUAGAACCAGAAGAAAAAGCACAAUUCGUCGGCAGCGUUUAGCCCUCGUGUAGUUUGACCAGGACAUUGUAGUAUCGCCCCUGGUCCUGUAAGCUUGGUUAGGACGGUAAUGUCCCAUCUUAGCCAGAUGAUGCUGGGUUUGAGCCUGGCAUUUCUGUUCAGGCUCUCACUCCAUCUCGCCCUCGAGGUAUUUACACACCAGAAUUGUCUCUGGAGCCGACAGAAAUGAACCCGGUUCAUUUGCUCUUCGUCUUUAUGCCCUGGAGAGGGAUAAAUUGAGCAAGGUUUAUUUUUUUUCCUAUUUGAUCAGAUCUGGCCUUUGUCUUUUCCCUUAUUACUAUGAGCUCUGUCCCCUUUGCACUUAAGAAAGAAAUAGAUCUUUGAACAUCGGCGUGUUACAGUGUGCUAAAAUAUUUUAUUUUAGAAUCGCCCCACCUAAAUCAGUGUCUUUUACCUAACAUUUAAACUGAACAUUAAAAAUCUGUCUUUCUUAGAACAUCUUUGUCUUCUCGCUUACUACCCCAUGCUUUUCUCUCUUUGUAAAACAUUAGUGAAUCCCUGUGGCUGGAAGUUUAUCCACAGUUUCAGGCUCUCAUGUGUGUAUAUUAGCUUGCCUGGGUUUGGUACCUCUCGUGACCACAGUCCCUUUAACUGACAUAGGAAAUCAGAGUGACUCAUGGUAACCCACAAUCUUUUGUGUCUACUAAGUGCCCAGUCACAGCUGAACGACUUUGUCUUGUCCUUUUUUAACAUAAACCAGUGGUUCUUAAACUUCGAUACCAACUUUUAUGAGAAUUGCCUUUAGGGAACUCAGGUGAAAUUGUUAGGAUUUGACCACGAAAUGGCUUUAAAAAUGCAAGCAGAGUGUCCCUGAGGGCUUCGCCGUGAUUCACAUACGUGUGCCUUCGUUUGCAGUCUGAUCAUUUUUGUUAUGACAGGGGGAUGAUCAAAGUCGGCUGGGGUUGUGCUCAUUUUCGUAACCUGAAUAUAUCUUCCAUAUGUAGAGCCCUCGUUGAUUUUAAAGACAAACACUCGCUGGAGAAAGCUAGAUUGAUGGGAAUGAGACUCGGGCCCCAAAUCCUGAAACAUCACUUUUGAUCAGUAGAGAAAUACUUCAGGUCGAAAGUCGAUUUGAUGUGAUACCGCGUUUGAGAAAUCCUGGUUUAUUUUUUAUCAAGAUGAAGACGUUUUACCCCCACCUACUAUAGAAACAUACAGUGUUAUAUAAUCUGCGCUCUUUGUAAGCACUUGAGAGAGAAAAAAAAAAAAUCCAUUUUGCAUUUCACUUUGUUGGAAUAUCCUGCAGCCCUCACGUAUACUCAGCUGCUAGGGCGCCAAUGCCAGGAAACCAUCAAGUGACCGCACGGCUGGCAGGGCCCGAUGGUGACUUUGAAUGCUGCACCAACUCAUCCACAAGAAUAAGACGGAGGUUUGGAGAGCGACCACGGAAAAGCAUGGGUUUUUCUAAUUUUGUGUAUACGGAAUAUAUUUUUCAAAUAUAGAUGUUUCUACUUUAGAUAAAGUAUAAAUGUUGCUGUUACCUAGAUUGAGCACGAUGAUGUGCUAGUAAAAAAAAAAAAAAAAAGAUGAGAAAGGAGGAAAAAAAUUCGUCUCUGCUUUAAGGUAGCUGGAAUCAAUUUAGAUCGCAUCAUUACCGUUUUGCCUACUGGAAUUUAUAAAUUUGUAAAUCUUCGUUUUUCUUGUAUGAAUAGUUUUGUAAUACCUUUUUUUUUUUUUUUCCAAUUUGUGAAUAAAAUCGUCAUCUGGUGUUCUUA